CAGCCCUCCCUUCGGGCACCCACUCUUCCUCGCCCUCUCCAAGAAUUUGUUUGAGGAAGCGCUGCCGGAAGAAGACAUCUUCCUGAAUUCACGGUCAGGGGCGGGGUUGCUGCUGCCCUGCGGUGCUACCUCGGGCACGUGCCCCCCCUGCUCCAUCGCCUGCCCAGCCGGGGUCAAGUCCCGAAGAAGGGAUCAUGAAGCACUCGGUGGCCGCUUGGCUCUUGGUCGGGCUCAGCUUCUGUGUCCCCCAGUUCUGCAAAGGUGAUAUUUGUGAUCCCAAUCCAUGUGAAAAUGGGGGCAUCUGCUUGUCAGGCUUGUCUGAAGAUUCCUUUACCUGUGAGUGUCUGGACGGCUUCACAGAUCCCAACUGUUCUAGUGUUGUGGAGGUUGCCUCAGAUGAGGAAGAGCCAACUUCCGCAGGUCCCUGCAUUCCUAAUCCAUGCCAUAAUGGAGGAACCUGUGAAAUAAGUGAAGCGUAUCGCGGGGACACUUUCAUAGGCUAUGUUUGUAAAUGUCCCCGAGGAUUUAAUGGGAUUCAUUGUCAGCACAACAUAAAUGAAUGUGAAGCUGAGCCUUGCAAAAAUGGUGGAAUAUGUACAGACCUUGUUGCAAACUAUUCCUGUGAGUGCCCAGGUGAAUUCAUGGGAAGAAAUUGUCAAUACAAAUGCUCGGGCCCAUUGGGAAUUGAAGGUGGAAUCAUAUCAAAUCAGCAAAUCACAGCUUCCUCGACCCACCGAGCUCUUUUUGGACUCCAGAAGUGGUAUCCCUACUAUGCUCGCCUUAAUAAGAAGGGGCUUAUAAAUGCCUGGACAGCAGCAGAAAACGACAGAUGGUCAUGGAUUCAGAUAAAUUUACAAAGAAAAAUGAGAGUUACUGGUGUAAUUACCCAAGGAGCCAAGAGGAUUGGAAGCCCAGAAUAUAUAAAAUCCUACAAAAUUGCCUAUAGUAAUGAUGGAAAGACUUGGACAAUGUACAAAGUGAAAGGCACCAAUGAAGAUGUGGUGUUUCGUGGAAAUGUUGAUAACAACACACCCUAUGCUAACUCUUUCACACCCCCCAUAAAAGCUCAGUAUGUAAGACUUUAUCCCCAAGUUUGUCGAAGACACUGUACUUUGAGAAUGGAACUUCUUGGAUGUGAACUAUCAGGCUGUUCGGAGCCUCUGGGGAUGAAAUCGGGGCAUAUACAGGACUAUCAGAUCACUGCCUCCAGCAUCUUCAGAACUCUCAAUAUGGACAUGUUCACUUGGGAGCCAAGGAAAGCUCGGCUGGACAAGCAGGGCAAAGUGAAUGCCUGGACCUCCGGCCACAAUGACCAGUCACAGUGGUUACAGGUAGAUCUUCUUGUCCCUACCAAAGUGACUGGCAUCAUUACACAAGGAGCUAAAGAUUUUGGUCAUGUACAGUUCGUAGGCUCCUACAAACUAGCUUACAGCAACGAUGGAGAGCACUGGACUGUAUACCAGGAUGAAAAACAAAGAAAAGAUAAGGUGUUCCAGGGCAAUUUUGACAAUGACACUCACAGGAAAAACGUCAUCGACCCUCCCAUCUAUGCGCGGCACAUAAGGAUCCUUCCUUGGUCCUGGUACGGGAGGAUCACGCUGCGGUCGGAGCUGCUGGGCUGCACAGAGCAGGAGUGAGGACACCCACACCCACGACCCUCCUCUCUGUUCCCUCCUCUCUAUCUCCAUGGAAUGAACUGUGCGAAAUCUGUAGGAAACUGAAUGGGGUUUUUCAUGAAAAAGUGCUCAAAUUAUGGUAGGCCACAAACUAUCUUUUUAAGGAGGUCUAAGCCUGCCUUUUCAAAGGUUUAAUUUGAUUUUUAUUAUUUAAAUUUCUUAAGCAACAUCACAUUAACUGUGAAUUACUUUUCUCACGGUUUCCAGAAUCAUUCACAAUGGUUGAAAUAUAUUAGGGAAAGAGAGUAGCAAGGUUAAAAAAUCUCAUAGUUAUCAAGUAAAAGCAAGAGUUUAUAGAGCUUUUAUAAUCAAUGCACAACCAGUUCUUAUCAAAAGAAUACUACAAUGUUAGCAAUAAGAUUUUUUUUCUUUCUGUAGUGACUCUACAUUAUCCUAAUUGUUUCCCUGUGCCUACCAAACACUGUCAGUGUUUAUAACAGAAUUUUGAAGAAGAAUUUGUAACAUGCAGUACUAAUUGAUAAUUGAUAUUAUAAUUCUCACUUUACUUUUUCUAAUCAGACAUCAUGUGAUCUUUUUUUGGUUCUAUUUUAUAUUCUUUAUAUUGUAUAUUGCCUAAAUGAGUUCACAUUUUUCCAAUUGAGUUUCUUUCUAUUAUUUGCCUAAGAAGUAUCAUUGUUUACAUAUGGAACAUGAUUGAAAAUGAGUAGAUUGAUCAUAAUUAAUCUCAGUAGAUUGAAUAUGAAAUCUAUUUUUGAAGGAGGCUAUACCUAUGUAAAUUCCAGAUACUUCCUUUAUAAAAAAAUAAUAUUACCAUUUUG